GUCCACGCCCCUGUUCCUGCUUCUUGAAACACCAAAAACCACACUAUACCACACUAUACCACACCUCAACUUUCAUCUUUUAUCAGUCCCCUCUGUCACCAUGAACUCCCUGUCUAACUUCCAGUUCGCACGCGUUUUGAAUGAGGAUCCCGUUCUCAAGACCAUUGCGAUCCUCGGCAGCCUCCCUUCGCCAACUGAUCCCGCCACAAUUCAGCCUGCGAUCCUCCUCAUAGAGAAGACCCACUUUGCAGCCCAGUCCUCUGAGAGCGACAUCACCCGCCGCAUCACAGAACUACUGUCGACUGGCAGCAAUGACAUCUACUUUUGGUCGAAUGCCAUCCUCUCGGCGAAUGCAAGCGAUCCUGACCUGAAAAUGACAGUCAUUUACCCCGCAACAGAAGCCCAUGUCUCCAAGUACUCGCGCCAAGAGCGGAAGAUGAUCACCGAGACCGCAGAGGUUUAUCAAAAGUCGGUCCUGCCUUGGAUCGAGGCACAACCUGCGAGUAGGAUCCAAUGGGUCUAUAACAUCCUUAGGGGCCUCAAAGAAACCGAUAAUGUCUUCUUCCGGGACAAUGACCCUGACAAAGGUUUCGUUGUUUUGCCAGACAGCAAAUGGGACAGGCGCACUAUGUCCUCACUUUACCUCUUGGCGAUCUCUCAACGAGGCGACAUCCGCUCCUUGCGCGAUCUCAAGACCGUGCAUCUGCCCAUGCUCAAGAACAUCCGUGACAAGGUGCUUGAUAUGGUCCCGCAAAUGUUCCCAGAUGUGGCCCAUGAUGAGGUGCGCUUGUUUGUGCACUACCAUCCAAGCUACUACCAUUUCCAUGUCCAUAUCACGUAUGUGACAGCCCAUGUUCCCGGAAGCACCGUUGGCCAGUCGCACUUGCUCGACACUAUCAUCGAUAAUAUCGAAAACAUUGACCCGGAGUACUACAGCAAGGCAUCUUUACGCUUUGCCGUGGGUAUCAAUCAUCCCGUCUAUGCCUUGAUUACCAGUUCAAACAUGGCCAAGUAGAUGGUACUCUCGAUAAUUAGAGGGUGUCUCUCUCCUCUCUGUUUGUUUUUAAUAUAUAUUACAGAAGAACCAUGCCCCA